GACGUGUUUGCUUUAUAAAGCUGAUCGUACACCGACGGCUUUGAUUUACAGUCCAUUCUUGAAGCUGACCGUCGACGCAACAGCAUUCUGAACACCAUGGCCCCUCUUGUCGUACUCAUCUCCGGCUGUUCGACCGGUAUCGGUCUGGCCCUAGCCGUCAGGCUGGCCCAGGACCCAGACAAGAAGUACCUGGUCUAUGCCACCAUGAGGAAUCUGGCUAAGAAGAAAGGCCUCGAGAAGGCGGCGGACGAUGCCCUCGACAAGACGCUCUUCGUUCGGCAGCUCGACGUCACCGUCGAUGAUCAGGUCAAGAGCAUCUUCGAGUUCAUUAUGGGGAAACACGGGCGUGUCGACGUCCUGGUAAAUAACGCUGGUUUUGGUUUCUUCGGGGCGCUGGAGGCGAUGAGUAUGGAGAAAGCUAAGAAUAUGUUUGACACCAACUAUUUUGGCACGGUGCGGUUGAUACGAGCAGCGCUGCCUAUCAUGAAGAAACAGAAAUCUGGUCGCAUCGUGAAUAUCAGUAGCGUUGUUGGACAUCUUGCUUUGCCUUACAUGGAUAUGUACAAUGCGUCCAAGUUUGCGAUGGAGGGUCUUAGUGAAUCGUUACUGCCACAGCUUAAAAACUUUGGUAUAAGCAUCAGUACAGUCCAGCCAGGACCAGUGGCGACCAACUUUGGUGAAGCUUUGGCCGCGAACGCCGGCACAGAAGAAGACAACAAAGACGUUUCUGAAGAAACGGUGAAGCAAAUGACGGCAUUCCGACUCCUACUCCACAAGCCUGACCUGUUCGCCGCCCAGCAGACCGAACCGGUCAUCGACGUCAUUGUGGAGUGCGUCGAAGCGGAGAAACCGAAACUGCGGUACCCGACAAGCGAGAGUGUGCGGAGGUGGGUCGCCAAGAGAUACCGCGAAGAAGGGGUGACUGGCUUAGAAAGUUUGUUUGAAUGAGUUAGCGUGAAAGGAUGGUAGUGAAUGUGAGAGACAUUGUGGCAGCUCUAGGAACGACGGGCUGGGGUGGAGGGGGUGGGGGAUUAAAACUCGG